AUGAGGAACUGGACAGGCCUAACUCAAAAGCUUCAAGUUUCCUCAUCAUCUCCACUAAAGCAACCAAGCCCAACCAUCAAUCCCAGCCAGGACCCUCAUCCCUCAAAGCCAGAAAAGGGGGAAAAGGGGUUGGACGGGGGAACAGGGGACACACCCACGUGGGGGCAGGAUGCAAACCCAUCAGGACAGAAACACGCCUGCACGGAGCAGCUGCCGGCCGAGGUUGGCCCGAUCACCAGCAAAGGACACGGGGACAGACAGGAUGGGUGGGAGGCCAGCCGAUCCGGCCAUGCAGAGGAAGGGCAGCAGCACAGAAGGUGUGAAGUCCUCCCGCAAAGCCGCAUCCUCCCGAGGCUCCGUCCUCCCUGGACACUGGAGGCUUCCCAGGGAAGGGGCGGGGGAGUUUGGAAGGGGGCGCGGCGCCCCGCGGCGCAGGGGCCCGGCGGGGGAGGGGCGCACGGUCAGCGAGCGGCCAGAGAGCACCCCACACCGUGCCGGACUCGGCCCCGGCCUCGGCCCCGGAGAUGCCCCAGCCCCGCCUCCCAGCUCCGGCCGUCCAAGGGGCUUGUCCUCACCUCAGGCUUCGGAGGCCGGGGUGGCCCAACCGAGCCCCCGGCCCGCUCCGUGCGUAUCCGUCCCCCCAGGAAAAGCCCCAACGGCGGCUUGAUGCGAGCGAGCGGCAAAGGCACCGAGCAGCGCCCACGGUGGCGGCGACAGCGACGGCUACGACGGCGGCGGGCGGCAGCAGCGGGAGCAGCCAACAUCCGGGGCCGCGCACCCGGAACUACUUCCCUCCUCCUUCCCCCCCCCCCUUCCCCCUCUUCCCGCUACCCACAUCCCGCGGGCGGCGGCGGCGACGUCGCCGCGCCUCCGUCCUGGCGUCAGCGCCACCUCUUCCCGCGUUCCGGUCCUCUUGGCGCAUCACGAGAGAGAGCUAUCCAAGAUCCCUCCGCAGGGAGAAAUAGUGCCCCGGGGCCCUAG